AUGUGAUUCAUCAUCUGAUGGACCAUGUCACAUUGCAAUAAUUUCUCUUAAUUUGACCAAAGAUAACCAAACUUCCAGUUACCUGCUCCAAUAGUUAGACUCUAUCAAUCUCACUUCAUUUUCCCAGUUCAAUUGUUAGCACUUGCUAUGGAGGACAAAGUCAAGGUGAUUUUGUUGGGCUCAGGGUUCAGUAUGUUUGGGAUGAGAGCCAGGAUAGCUUUGGAAGAGAAAGGAAUCAAAUAUGAGUACAUGGAGCAGGACCUUACCAACAAGAGCCCUUUGCUUUUAGAAAUGAAUCCUAUUCACAAGAAGAUCCCAGUUCUCAUACAUCAUGGAAGACCCAUCUAUGAGUCCCUCAUAAUUGUUGAGUAUAUUGAUACAGUUUGGGGAAGCAAUGCUCCACUUCUUCCCUCUGAUCCCUACCAAAGAGCUCAAGCCAGGUUCUGGGCUGAUUUUAUUGUUCAGAAGGUAUAUCAUGCUUCUAGGAGAAUAUGGACUACAGAUGGAGAUAAAAAAGAGGUGGCAAAGAAGGAGUUCUUUGAGAGCUUAAAGCAAUUGGAGGAGGUUCUUGGAGAUAAGCCUUAUUUUGGGGGUGACACGUUUGGGUUUGUGGAUGUUGCUCUCAUCCCUUUCUAUUGUUGGUUUUAUACUUAUGAGACCUUUGGAGGCUUCAAAGUGGAGGCAGAGUGUCCAAAACUUAUCUCAUGGGCUAAGAGAUGCAUGCAGAAAGAAAGUGUAUCUAAAACUGUAGCAGAUGAGAAGGAAGUGUAUGAGUCUGUUUUAGAUUACAAGAAGAAAUUUGUGCUGAGCUAGUGGACACUGAACACUAGAGUAAACCACAUGGUUCAGGUCAUUGUGCCUGUUUUUUCAAUUGUCAAAUUCCUGUUGCUUCAAACUUUGUGAAUUUCCAUUAUGCUUCAUAGACUUUGUGCACAUUUUUGUUUGUCCAACACUCGAACAUACUUUUAGUUAUAUCUAAAGUAUGGAUCUAUAUAACUUUGACUUGCAAACCAAUAUGGUGAUUCAUAUGACAUCCAAAUACAUUCAG